CAACAGGAUCUUCUGGUUGUCCCUGCUGAUGAAUGAGUGACCCGAGCCGUCCCUCAGCAGACACAUCAGGAAGUCGAGUUACGGAUACCGGUCUAGCUUUCUCUCAGCAACCUUUCUGACUGCUAGUGAAUCUGAUAGUCCUCAGGAUUGUACUUUAGGUCGAGCAUAGCUUGGCGGUUCCUUCUUCCAAGAUUCAUUGCCGCCUCGGUUUAGGACUAGGCACGACUUGAUCCAGAUUGGACGUAAUGGCGUCCAAGAGUGACAAAGGAGUUAAUGUCCAAGUUUUAUUGCGAUGCAGGCCAAUAUCAUCAGAAGAUGUUCGAUUGCGAGCACAACAGGUGGUCAAGUGUAAUGAAUCCCGCAAAGAAGUCAUGGUCACCCAUAACGUCGCGGGGAAGUCAAGCGACAAGCCGUUUAACUUCGAUAGAGUAUUCGGACCGACGUCGAAGCAAAAUCACCUGUAUAAUCUUGCGAUCGCACCUAUCGUGGACGAGGUCUUGGAAGGCUUCAAUUGCACGAUCUUCGCUUACGGCCAGACUGGGACCGGGAAGACCUAUACUAUGCAAGGAGAUGUCACCCGAGCCGGAGAGAAUGGCCAACUUCCAGAAGGAGCAGGAGUCAUCCCAAGGUCCAUUAAGCAUAUCUUUGACAAGCUUGACAGUCAAGGGGCCGAGUACAGCAUCAAAGUCACUUACCUGGAGCUCUACAACGAAGAGAUUACAGAUCUUCUGGCCCCAGAUGACAUCCUGCUGUCUGCGGAACCAAAGAAGGCACUCGCCUUGAUGGAAGAUGGGAAGGGAGGAGUGAUCGUGCGUGGACUUGAAGAAGAGGUUGUCAACAACUCGUCGGACAUCUUCACGCUGCUUGAGAGGGGUUCCGCCAAGAGACGGACUGCAGAGACGAUGCUAAACAAGCAAUCGAGCCGCUCCCAUUCCAUAUUCACGAUCACUAUUCACGUCAGGGAGUCGACUCCAGAGGGUGUGGAGCUGGUCAAGUGCGGGAAGUUGAACCUGGUCGACCUUGCUGGUUCGGAGUGCAUAGGACGAUCUGGCGCCAAAGACGGGCGUGCACGAGAAGCUGGUGAGAUCAACAAGAGCCUUCUGACCUUGGGACGAGUCAUCACAGCCCUUGUUGACCACACAGGUCACAUUCCUUACAGGGACAGCAAGCUCACGAGGUUGCUUCGUGACUCUCUAGGAGGGCGGACGAAGACUUGCAUUAUUGCCACCGUCUCUCCUGUCGCUCUCUGUUUGGAAGAGACCUUGAACACGCUCGAGUAUGCUCAGCGUGCUAAGAAUAUCAAGAACAAGCCGGAGGUUAACCAACGAACGACCAAGUCGAAGCUGCUGAAGGACAUGGCAGGAGAGGUUGAGAAGCUGAAGCAAGAACUGAAGGCUCAGCGCGAGAAGGAUGGCGUGCAUCUGACAGUCCAGCAGCACGAGAACCUGCUAAGGCAGGUGCAGUCCCUCACGGACCUCAUAGGCCAAAACACUGACGAGCUGGAGCAGAGGGCGGAGGAGAUUAAGCAACUCAAUGAACAAGUGGAGACAUUUUCGGGCCAGCUGGAUGAAAUGACAAAGGAGAGGGAUGGCCUAAAGGAACAAGUUGAGACGCUUUCGCAAACCUUGGAGAAGACUGAAGCUGAUCAUAGAAGAGCAGUUUCAACAAUUGCAGCAAUGACUGAAGCUGAGUCGCAGCUUGUUUCCACUUGCCAGAGCCUUCGACAAAAGCUCGUCAACGCUGAUAACGACAUUGCUCGAUUGUUCGAGAAGAUAGAGAGAAUGCAGGAGACUUCCAUCCACAACAAGGAUGCGGCUGCAGCCUUGAAGCAGCAGAUGGACCAUCAAGUUGAUGGUGUGCGAGCCUUCAUGGUCAAGCAUAUGGAGACUCUUGCUUCCCAAGACCGGCAAGCAUCACAGGGUCUUGAAGGCGUCCUCAGUCAAUCAACUAAGGAUUUGGGGAAAGUGACAGAGGAGGUGUCCCAGUUGCGGCAGAUGGUGUUGAGUGUGACGCAACUUAUGAAGGAGCGUGUGCAGCAGUUUGUGGACAAGAACAACAGCUCUCUCCAAUCCCUGGUGGACGAUCUCGGCCCACAGCAAGAGGAGAUGGAAAAGUUACUUGAAGAAGCUUCAGUAUCGUCCAAGGCAUCACAACAGCAGAUCCAGAGUCUGCUGGCAGGCAUCUCUGCUGGCUGGGAGGAUGUGCAAGUGUGGUGGAAUCAGCACUCGGAGAAAUGCAGAGCUGUGUCAUCCUCUGCCCUCACAUCCCUGGAUGGCCUCAUUGAGCGGUUGCAUAAUGAGACAACUGCUUGGUCUGGGAUGAUAGCUCAGCACAAGGAGACUCAUGAGGCGGAUGUGAACAGCCUAGUGAACGAGCUGAUGGAGGCUGAAGUUCAGAAGGUUAAAAGGAUUAUAGAGGCGGUGUCCGAAAUUUCGCAGCAAGGAAUGACCACCACCAAGGACGUGGUCAAGGGGAAGACUGCUCGCAUGGUCGCCAACGUGAACAAGCUAUGCUCCGCCAGCGAUGAAAAAAGGCUUGCUGUGGUUGAUGGCCUCUCGAACAUGUCAGGUGUCAUUGCCGAUCUUCGGGAGAAGGAAGCCACUGCAGAUGCAGAGGCCUCAGACGAAGUUGCACGCAAGAAGUCUGAAGCUGGCAAGAUGGUGGCUUCGUGUGGGGACUGCGUGGAGAUGAUGGUUGUAAACGCCAACGAACAGCAGUCACUUCUUACAUCGCGUUCCAAAUCUCAUUGUGACCGCAUGGCAAAGAGCAUUGGGGAAUGCAACGUAGAGUCAACAAGCCUUGGCAACAGUGCAUCAGCUUACCACGAACAGGCUGAGGCGGUGUGCAAUGAAGGAGCUAACAAGCUCACUGCUAUGCUUUCAGAAAGUCACAGUGCCAAUCAGGAGGAGCUGAAGAAGAUCUCAUCCUCGCUUGCCGAGUCAUCUGACGCAGUGCCAAUGACACUGGACCAACAGAAGCAACAUGUCGAGGCCAUGAAGGGAUGCAUGAAGAGAUACUUAGAGGAGGACCUCAAGCCGGAUGCACAGACGUCAAGGACGCCACAGAAGCGCCGCCUGGAGAUUCCAACGGAGGAAGAGAUUGCAGGGAUGUGCCACUGGCCUGACCAAGCUCAGGAGCCUCUGCCAGUGUCUCUUCCCCCCAAAGUAGCACCAUCUCCCAGGCGAGUGGCUCCUUCCCCUGGGAAACACAAAGCCGCACUCCAGAAGUCUGGGAUCCCUCGGGGUCCCCGGGGACCAUUCAACCCCAUUCCCUACAACUGAGAUGCUCGUCUUUGCUUUCGGGAAGCGGCCCAAUGAUCGGUCGUUCUAACAUAGUUAUGGUAUGAAUAAGCUACGGUGCUAGCACGAGGACUCUGGAUGUUAGACUCCUGCAUCUACGUAGCUAAGUCCUUUGUCUUCUCAGCAAAGGAUACAGGGUGACAAAACGUGUUUCAGACUAGACUUACCUAUUGACCUUGACAUUGCAUGCAUAGGAGUAUCAUAGGAAUACCUACUCCUGGCCUUUUACACAGGCACAAGCACACACGUAGAGAGGUACAUACCA